CGAUGGAAGAACAGGAAGCACGAGAUAUGAGAGCUUUGAAGGCUUACAACGAAGUAACUCUGUGGAAGGACAAAAAGGAGCUCGAGAAGGACAAGAAGAGAUGGCCUUGGAAAAGAUAUCCUGGGGAAUCAGGCCCGGAGUCCUCCAGGAGUCGACCUCAAACGAAUAAGAAGAACGAUCGUCCGAAGAAAGAUACUUCCCGGAUUACGGAAGCGAGCGAUGAUCGACCGGACAAGGAGAAUCUCUUAGUGGACGCAGCGACGGAAACAGAAGGUUUGGCUUCUACCAGGGACACCAAACUACCGACUGUAAAAAUGAGUAGCUUCGCGAGUGAGAAGUAUACGUGUCCCAGAUUAGCCAAGCUUAACAAAGUGACGGACAAGCUGUUGAGCAACUUCGACCGGCUGCAGGGCGGCCAGAUGAAACAAGAUUCAAGGAGGAGCAAACCGGCCAGUGAAACGGAUACCAGAAAACCGCAUACGAAGUAUAGCAGGCCUAAGAAAGCAGAUGAGGAGAAUGUUUCAGUAGCUUCUAUAAAGAAGGUGGAGGGUGCGCAGAAAGGCCGCGAAUUGGAGAGGACACCUGCCAGGGAGGAUGUCAGAGAUCCUGCGACGAUCUCUGUUUCUUCUUCCACCACCGAAGAGUCGUUGCAACUCGAUUCUCGUCAACGAUGCACGAAUAUUGCUGAUACGUUCGCGAGGAUUAAUUAUGAUAAGGUGUCAUCGACUUACAUGGAUGGAAUGAAUCUUGUCGAGAGAAACGAUGAUUUACUGAUGUUUAAGUCUACCAUAAUUCAAGAAGUCACGUCGUCAUGCUCUUCGAGUACUAUCGGCCAGGCAGACGAGUUGCUACUUCCAGUGCAAGAUUUGAAUGCCUUGGAUGAAGACGAAACGCAAAUGCUAGUCGGGCACUCUAGAAUACCGGUCCGAAUACUGGAUAUGGAGGACCGCAAGACGGAAGUCUACACGAUAGCAGAAGACUACAAUGAAAUGUACGCGCAACAAACGCAAAUCGAAACUCGUAACAAAGAGAUAUACACGAUACCAGGAAUGGAAGAUCGUCAAACGGAAGUUGAAGAUAUGAGUAAGCACGAAAUUGGAACGGUAACUGAAAUUAAAAAAGAUAAAAAGGAAGAAACCGAGAGACCUGAGGUCGCAGAUGCUUCCACGGUUUUAGUGCAAGAACAAAUUGAAAAUCUAGAGAAAACCGAUACAAUUGAAAAAGAUAUAGAGAUUGAAGAGUUGCAGGAAAAAUUGGAAUCACAAGCGAAACAAAUAUCGGAAGACAAUUCUUCGAACAACGAAUUAAUAGAAGUUGAAGAAUCCAAAGUUUCGGGUCUCGAAGAGCCGACUGAGGGUCAAGAAUUCGAAAUCGGAGGAAGCAGAAGCGACAGCCUGGAAGUGUCUGAGAAUCGAUCCGAGAGGAUCUUAAGAAGACCAAGUAGAAACAUGAGCGACUUCGUUAGAAAUAUCAAUAUGAACUACGUUGCGAACGGCGUUAUACUGAGCAACUCGAAUGCUCCAAGAACGAACAUCCCGCCUCAGUGGGACAUAGUCGAAGACGAAACCGUCAGAACGUUGCAAAACGCGCUCUCGUACGGGUCUAGAGACAAUCCAUUCGACCUGAUGGGCGAGAUCGUGACGAUGGACGACGUUCUGAACCUCAGAAGCUCGGAAUCAUCUGCGGACGACUUCAUCUUCGAGACGAGUAGGGAAUCUUCCAAUCCCAGUGGCGUCGACUUCUCUCGCGAGGAGAACACCUUCCGACAGACGAUCCUGGCCACCAUCCGGCACUUACAGAAUUUAGAGGAGACAGAUCACGACGAAGCUCCCUGCAACCUGUUCAUCACCACCAUCCAACGCGAGAGCCUGCCUAUCGACUUGGGGAUGGAGACCGUGGACCACUUCGAGUUCGAGGACGAAGAAGACAACGAACAUCCGACUAUCAACGAGUUCGGUGAUCUCUUGACUCAAGUCUUCAGAGCGUUGAACAUCCGUGGACUGCAUCCGAGCAACAUUUCUGGUCUUCGAUUCGAGAUUCUUCGGAAUUCGUUUACCGAAGACGAAGAGGAAGAGGACGAGGGAGACGACGAAGAGAGUCGCAAGGAGGAACGGGCAUCGAUGGAGGAGAGACUACUACGGUUCAUCAAAGAAGAUAUUUUCACGGAUAUUAAAUUUCCCAUUGUGGUCAAGAUGUCGGACUUGAUACCUGGCGUAAUUCCUCCCGUUAAAGAGGAAGCUGAGGAAAUUAUAGGACUUCGUCAAAUGGAAGCAAGCAAGAUAAAUUUGUUCUCUCUGGCGGAUGAUAAGAGCGAAGAUGGAGAAGAUUAUCUUGAUGAUAUGAUCAGAAAUAGAUAUGCUAAUGGACACUUGCAGGAUUUGGAAGAAGAUGAAGAGUCGAUGUUCACCGCGCAUUCUUCGAGGCAAUUUACGAGUAUCAGUGAUUACAACCUUGUCGAAUCAGCUAUAAGGGAUGAUAGGCUAGCUUCUUCUUAUUUGGAUCAACCGUCCACGAGUAGUUCUGUGUCCCCGGGUCUCGCGGGCAAUUAUAAGAAAUAUACUAUGAUUAGGUCUGAGCCACUGCAAGUUCGCAAGGGGGCCACGAGGGACAUGUUAAAUAGAACUUACGAUUUGUUCCCCACACCGUUUAAAGAAGAGGAAGGGAGCACUUCUAGCGAGGAAAUCGAGAAAGAGAUUGAAAUUGACAAUUUGCAAGAAUUUAAAGACGGCAGUAAGCAACUUUAUAAACACAGCGAAGUUGAGGAAAGUGUAAAUACAGAAAUUGAAAGAUCGUUCGUGAAGACGGUUGAUGAGAGCAUUCAACUAACGAAAUUCGAGAAUGAAAAAACAGUCGAAGCGUCACGAAAUGAAGAUACGUUCAGAACUAACGGAAACGAUUCCUUGUCCAAAGAAGAGGAAGUUAAAGAGGCAAGGGACAUAGGAACGGAGGAUGAAACGUCGUUAAAAAUCAUUUUCAUCUUUUGGGUGUGCGUGAUCAUCUUUUAUUUGAAAUAUUUCUAUAAAAAAGUAACCUCGUACAAGCAUAAUUCGACGUCCACGUCGACUCUGAAACCGUUUGAAAUUCAUACAGUGCCGACGUCGACGAGUUCGCUCUUCGAGCACGUGAGGUAUCUAGGGAUGCAAGAAGAGGAAAUUGAAAAUGACUCGCUGGAGAGGAUCGUCGACCUCGAGGAGACGGAUACUUCCCGUUCCAGCGAUUGCAACCAGUUACCAGAUUUCGACUCGUCGAACUGUUUUCGCGCCACGUACGAAACCAGUUUCAAGCACGUCGAAAACAAAGACGAUGAAGUCAUUUGGAGCGACUGUGUCUCAGAAAACAUCCAGAAUCCUUCUGGUGCAAAUGCAUUGAGAGAACAGAAUCGUGAUUCGCUUGAUACAGAAUUGCGAAGAGAAGAACAGAUUGAUUCCGGAAUCUUGCGGCCAAAUAUAAUUACGAAUGACGUAUCGUUGAGCGUCGAUGAUAAAAUAGGCAAGACCGAUACAACCAGAUUUGAAGAGCAAAGAUUGAUAGAAUUGCGGUUGGCAGAAAAAGAAAUCGAGGCCUUCCGGUAUAAAGAAGACGACGACUCGAGUUCGUCGAAAUCGUCACCGAGACGAGAAGAUGAGAUGAAAUUGUUCGACGAUACAAAAUCGUCUCCUUGCGCGGAACUGCACAUAGAAGAAGAGAAAGAAAGACCAGAGGCGAAAGAAUUUGAUAAUAGCAAAAAACUGAACUCUAGUUUUCUGAUUGAGGAGAAAAAAUGUAAUGAGUUGAAGGAAGAAGAGUCAGCGAAUGAUCAAACAGGUAAUCGCGAGGAAACGAACUUAGAGACGCGCAGCGUCAAGGAAGUCGCGGGCGCCGACGAACCUCAGAGUCCGCCUGAAGUUUUAAGAACUUAUUUACCAACGACCGACAGUUUUGACUCCACGUAUACGAAAGAAUCGGAAACGUCGAAGAACGCUACGUCCACAGUAGAUCUGAACGAAUCGUCCAUGGAAGAUUUUCCAAUCAGAUCGAACGAGUCGAUUUUGGAGAGUUGAGCGAGCAAGACUCGGCUCGAGCUUAUCGUAUUUUCGAGUUCGUUCUUUUUUACUCAUUUCAGUUUUCGCAACAACGGAUUUUAGCUUGGUAAAAACGAUUUUUUAUUUAUUGCUCCCGGCAUUCUUUUGCUUCUCGUAACAAACAGUUGUUGAAACAUACAUACAUUUCUGUCUUUUCAUUUCAGAAGCGAAACGAUGUUGCGAAAUAGACGUUUUGUUUUUUAUAUUGUUGAAAGAAGAUGUUUUCUUCUUCGGUUCAAAAAUAUUUUCCGUUUAUCAGGAAAAUAUUCUCAAUUUCUUAUCUUGAAGGAAGGAUGCGUCAAACAUAUGUAUUUUUAGUUUAUUUCACUUCUCACGUUGGUGCCGAUUUAUAUUUUAUAAGUGACAUUUUUGGAUAAGCAGUAUUGAGUGAUACGUUAAAUUUUCUCCAUGAUUCGAACGUACUUGUUUAUUAUGCGAAUAAAACAUUUUAAAGAAGCCUCACAACCAAACGUAUCUUAUUAGAAAGUCUUGUCAAUUGCAAGUUUAUCAAUCCGUACGUCGGUUUCACUCGAAUGACCUUAGAUCAGGUUCAUUCGAUUCCAGCCGACCUCUUAUCCCGCUCUUUUAUUCCGCCGCUCAACAAGCUCAACACACUUAAUUAAAUACAGUUCCUGUUUGCCCCCAGCAAUUUUUUAACGAUCACUUAACUCUCAUUACUCUGUCCCUUCGCAAAUUUUCACUCUCCGAUUCGUACUCGUACUUUUCAAUUCUCAAACGUCUCAUCGCUCAACGUCAGAAUAUUGAAGUUUCCUGAGAAGCAAUUUUUGAUUUUACUUCCUCACACGGUCGUCGCGCUACUUUUGUACCAUUUCAAUGACGAUAACUCGUUCAUUUUUGUAUCGAACUUGUCUUUUCCGUCGAAGGAAAAGGUCGCCGAUCGGUUGGCGAACGAUCGCGGAGCGAAACGGAGGCGAGGAGCGGA